AGUUCGCAGCUCAAGUUGUAGCAAAUUGUUGGCCAGAGUUCCUUCUGCGCCUUCUUCGUCAGUUGAGAAGUACAUCGUACGUCGAGUCUCCGAUGCCCUGCGUCAUGAGCAUGCGCUGGCUUCUUCGGGCGCACAUCAUGUCCUUCGUGCUGCGGCGGGCGCUGGCAGCCAGAGCGAUACCGGCUCUGACAGUUGAGCAACGUGCCAAUGACACUUGGCAGGCGAAGCUCGCAGUGGCGAUGCGAGUUGCGCAGGACGGAGGUAACACCAACAAGGUAAAGUGGGCCGAGAGAUGGAUGGAUUUUCGCACAUCUCUCGAUUUCACUCCGUGGACAGCAGGGUUGUUGGAAGGAACGAUGGAGGUUCCGACCGUGUGCGCUUCAGAAUACACUCUCCACGGAAAGACCAUGAAGUACCCGUCAGUCGACGUGCCCCUUUUGGGAACAGUUGGUGGAGGAAAGAUCUACCACACAUUCAUGGUGUUUGCAGACCAGGAGCUUCCAAAGCACGGCAAGCGUGGCAAGGCACCAAAACGCAAGGGCUGUGGGGAGCUCCUGCAGAUCAUGUCGCAGACGAGCGCGAGGACGAAAAAGUACGCGAAGCUGCAGGAGCAGGCCGCUUCCUUGGGCUGUCUCAGCUUGGAGGCCGUAGGCGCAGCGGAGUCCCGUAUUCUUCAGGCCUUGCAGGACGAGUUCGAGAAGAUGUCAGAGCUGAGCGUCAGGUUCGUGAGCAACGCGACCGGCCACGAGGACCAGACCGCAGUGAUGCGAGUAUCGGCCCGCGAGUCCCGCAGCAGCCGGUCGGUGAGUCCCACCCCGGUGACCCAGGCGGUAGUCGAGGAGCUUCUGGACUGGGUCUUCCACUCGCUCUCGAAGUAUGCGUCCAAGUCCGGCGCUGGACUCUGGGCGGCCGUGCGGCAGUCUUUGGAGAGGACGCCUCCCAAAAUUGGGCUGAAGGCGUUCGGUGACGGGAGGUGGGAGUGGAGCCUCAGGGGCAGCUGCGCGGCAGCUGGCGAUGGCCUUCAGGACUGCUCCAAUUGGACGUACUCCAUUCCCGGCAAUAUCAAGGAGAUCCAGGUCCAGAACGAGACGCUUGCCAUUAUUCUAAGCGCAGUCGAAGAGGCUCGAGAGGUAGCCAGCGAACAAGAUUGGAAGUUGCUUGCGCAGGCUCCAGCUGUUUAUGCUGCUGCCGGCUUCGACAAACCUGGGAUUUUGGACAACGGAGGUUGGGAGUGCGAUCGGAUCGAGGCCAAAUGCGAGGUGCACCCGCAGUGUGCGCGUGUGGCCGCUCAGAUGCUAGCGUAUCCCUUUGGCGGUGAUAAGAAGUACGCGUCGAGUUGGACAGCCAAAGCGACGACCUUUGCUUCCUCUCUUUGGGGCGGCAAGUUUGAUUCGGACGGCUUUCAUAGCUCUUGCCAUGUGCCAGGGGGUGCGUACUGUUGGUCUUACACUGACUGCUUGCAGGAGAUGCUUAAUUGGCUAUGUGCACAGGAGGAGACUGCAGGUCCGUGCUGCCCUAACGCCGAUGUUGCUACGGCUUGCCGCGAGGACGUGAACGGGGCCGGUUGCAAGGUCUGCGCGAAGCCCGAGUCUCCCUCCGUACAGGCUGAUUCCGAUUAAGGUUGGUCUACGCCGAGUACGGUGGGUUCAUGUCGUGUCGACGCGGCAACCUCCCCGCCGAGAGCGUUCAAGGUUGAACGCCGCCAGUGGCCC